GGAAUAUUGACAGACACAGUGCUAAAGUGGUACCAUUCAGAAGUGUAUAUUGGAUUAAAUCUACGAUGACAAUAAUCCACUGCAUUAGUAAUAGUUGUAUUGGGAAACUACCAAUUUCAUAAUCAUGCAAAGGAGCAUUGGCUGAGACGCAAUCUAGACCUCACGUUGAUACACGUAACCAAGAGAGGACAAAUCUAAGACAUGUGUAGCAAAUAGACUUCAAAAUUCAGCUGAUUUAAAGUGGAUUAGUCGAAAGUUAUUUUUACACGGAAAAGGAAAUAUGGCCACGACAACCGGUAAUGGCUCCGACGAACUUACAAAUCCCGACUUUAGUUUUGAUACAUCGAAAUUCAAGAGACGAAUGUUCAGGACAAAAUCCAUCAAAAACCCUUCAAUAGAUGACGGUGAAAAGGGACUGAAAAAAUGCUUGACAACGUUGGAUUUGACCUCACUUGGGGUAGGGAGCUGCUGCGGCACUGGAAUGUACGUGGUAGCGGGUUUGGUUGCCGAAAAGGUUGCCGGUCCAGGUGUUAUUCUCUCAUUUAUCAUCGCAGCCAUAGCAUCGAUGUUAUCAGGAGUUUGCUAUGCAGAAUUUGGUGUUAGAGUUCCCAAGACAACAGGUUCAGCCUAUAUGUAUUCUUAUGUCACGGUUGGUGAAUUCGUUGCAUUUCUUAUUGGUUGGAACAUGAUCUUGGAAUACUUGAUUGGCACUGCAGCGGGAGCUAGUGCCUUGAGCUGGUGUUUUGAUUCCCUUGGCAACCACACGAUGAGUGAAUACCUAAUAACUCACGUUGGGACGGUGAUUGGAAAGGCAUACCCAGAUUUCCUCGGCUGUGGGAUCGCAAUAAUUGUAACUAUAAUACUCGCAGUUGGAGUGAAAAAGUCUCUCGCCUUUAACCACGCCCUCAAUGCCAUCAACCUGAUCGUUUGGGUGUUUAUCAUGAUCGCUGGCUUCUGUUAUGCCAAUGGCGAAAAUUGGAGCGAACGUGGAUUUUUCCCAUAUGGACUAUCUGGUGUAUUUUCCGGUGCAGCAACAUGUUUUUACGCCUUCAUCGGUUUUGACAUCAUAGCAACAACGGGGGAAGAAGCUAAAACACCCACCAAGUCUAUCCCUAUUGCUAUCAUGGCCAGUCUUAUCAUCUGUCUCGUUGCUUACGUCUCUGUGAGUACAAUUGUAACGCUAGUCGUACCAUACUAUGAGAUAAACGGCCACUCGGCGCUGGAGGACAUGUUCGCUAUGCGCGGAAUGGUCUGGGGACGAUAUGUGGUGGCUGUUGGGGCAGUUGCUGGCUUGACAGUUAGUCUCCUAGGAUCAAUGUUCCCGAUGCCAAGAGUAAUCUAUGCCAUGUCUAGAGAUGGACUCCUUUUCAAAUUUCUAUCCAAAGUUCACUCCAAGACGGAAACUCCGAUGUUAGCAACAUUUAUCAGCGGAAUAGCUGCGGCGUUACUGGCACUGCUCGUGGGACUCCAAGCCUUGGUUGAGAUGAUGUCAAUAGGAACGCUACUCUCCUACACACUGGUAUCCAUAUCAGUGUUGAUCUUGCGUUAUGAACCCGAACAUAAACACGCCAUAACCGCCCUUGAAGAGAUUAAAGAAGAAUCUGAACAGGACUCUACCACCAUGUCGCAGUCCACAUCGACGUCCAAUGCCUUCACAGAUGACACCCCAAGUAAAAAUACGUACAAGGACGGAGCGUUUCUCAUACCACCGUCAUCAAAAGAAAACAAAUCAUAUGGUACACUCAUGGACAAUUUCACAGAUAUAUCUGGUUUAAACUGGUUCAAACGAAAUUUAAAAAUGUGGAGUUUGCGUCUCGGUUUCCCCGGGGAAGAUAGACAUCCCACGCACUACACAGCUAGGAUUGUUACUAUUACAAUCAUAAUCUUAGCCAUUUUAAAGACAUCUCUGAGUUUGUUGAUCGUAUUUGGGGUGUCACAUAUUCAAGCCGGUGAACCAUGGGCGAUAAUUGUGCUCCUUGUACUGAUAUGUGCUGUUCUCAUAGGCCUGGUAGUUAUUCUCAUGCAGCCACAGAAUAAGAGGAGAUUAAAGUUUAUGGCACCCUGUGUACCUGUGUUACCAAUGUGUGCUAUGAUGAUUAACAUCUACUUAAUGUUGAAACUUUCCUCUAUGACUUGGAUACGGUUUGCAGUUUGGUUGGUGUUAGGUAUAAUCAUAUAUUUUGCCUAUGGCAUCAGACAUAGUGUGAAGGAAGCACCCGAUACAGAUCCAAAUCUUAGCGAACAAUUCUCUCCAUACAAUAAAGACAUUAAAGCAGACACUACUCCAAUGGAGGAGACUAAAAUUAAUGAGUUAAAUGGCAACCUUCCACAUUCCAAGUCCAACGGUGCAACGCCCCACUCAGAACAGUCUUACCAAAAUGGGGCUCCCCCAAUAAACAAAGCGCCACCUUUAGGUCAACAACAGAACCAACCUGAUGAAAAACAUGAUUAUUUUAAAUAUGGAUUCAUUGCAUCGCCAAAAACUGAAAAAAGUCAGUCUGAUGAACAUCACGAUUUUAUGAAACUUGGCUUCAUAAAAUCGGAUAAAUAAAGAUACUAGUAACUGACCAAUUAUCAUAAUAACUGAAUGCAUG